AUGGCUCGUCGUACUAAGAAGGUUGGCAUUUCCGGCCGUUACGGUGUCCGCUACGGCUCUUCUCUGCGUCGUCAGUGCCGUAAGCUUGAGCAGAGCGCUCAUGCCCGCUACGACUGUGCUUUCUGCGGUAAGAAGACCGUCCGCCGUGAGGCUACUGGUAUCUGGCACUGCAACUCGUGCAAGAAGACCGUCGCCGGUGGUGCUUACUCCUUGACCACCGCUGCUGCCACUACCGUCCGCUCGACUAUCCGUCGUCUGCGUGAAUUGGCUGACGCGUAA